UAAAAACAAAGAGGUUUCCCUCUUUCUUUUCAUUCUUCACAAUCCCCCGCGUCAAGUUCACAGCCGCCUGUGUUUCUUCUUCAACUCCGGAGAUUCUCCAUAGACCCACCAUACCCUCCGCCGCCAGCAGUCAUCAGUGCGACUCCGACCAGCGACCGUGUCUCACCUACACUAUUGACGACUGUUUGCUGCUCUUCUACAGUAGCGACUAGUUGCUAUUCUACACCCUUGCAGACGGAGACACACGGCGCACGACGGCGCAACAUCCUCCGGCACCGAAACCACGAGCUCCACAUUUUGAAUUCUUCUGUUGAUAACUUUGGACUGAUCCAACAAGAUUUAACGGCGAAAUUGGGCUGCAGGUUUCGAUGGAUUCGCUGUUAGGAUUUGAAGAAGUGCCGGGAGAGAAUGAAGAAGAGAAUUUGUCGACGUACAGCCGCAAAUUGGUACCCUGGUCAACUUGGAACGAAUGGCUUUUCGUUAGUCAGUCACUCUUCUCUGACUCUCCAGACUCCGUCGCCGCCGCUCUGAGCAGAAUAUCAACAUGGAGAAGCAAAGGAUGUCUUCCAGUUGUCAUUGAAGUUACAGCAUCGAUUAUCGAAAUCCAACAAAAGGAUCCUUACUUCAUAAAGAACCAAUCAAUGGAUGCUUCAGUUCGUGGUACAGAGAACCAAUUAAAUCUUGUUUCACUUUCAGAGGAAGCACUAGCCAUGUUAUAUUGCAUGGCCAUUAUGAGGCUUGUAAAUGGUGUUGUCGAGAAGACACGUAAGAAAACAGAAGUUUCAAUUGCCGUGGCAGCUGAUGCUAUUGGUUUACCCCGUUUACUGAUUGAUAUUCGUCAUGAGGGUUCUCAUCGUGAACUUCCAGCUCUUCAGAUGGUUCGGCAUGCCUCAGCCAAGGCGCUUUGUUGGUUGAAAUCUUACUAUUGGGAACCUCAGGAGAAAGCUAUUCCGUUUCAAGGUGAUAUAAGUACUUCCAUUAGAAAGGAAAUCAAAUCCAAACUUCGUGGUUUGGCUUUCAAUUUAGAAAUGAAACAAAAUCCUCAGCUGGAAUCUGCCGUGGUCAAGCCAAAGCGUUUGAAGACAAAGACUGGCAAGACACUGAAGGUUCUCAUUCAGUUAUAUUCUACUUUCUCUUCAGAAUUUGUCUCUGUAUUGUUGGAAUUCUUGCUAAAGGCGAUGAGGUCAUCAGACUUGGCAUUUCCCAAAAAUUCCAAAAAAUCUAGCAGCUCUGUAUUGGAUGGUUGGAAGCUUACGGUUGCUAAGAUCUCAAAUAAGGAACCAGAAUUGCUUUUAGAUCUGCUUGAGGCAGUUCUUGAGAAGAUUAAGACUCAAGUAGCCUUGGAAUAUGAAAGUCAGUACUUCUUGCCCUCAGACCACAAAAUGGAAAGCUGUCAAGUGGCACAACUUUCCUCUUUGUUUGCAUGGCUCGUUGACAAACUUAAUGGAAUAAAACUUAAGCGCAAGGGAGAAGUCUUCUCCGGGAAACACAUUCCGAAAGGUGUUCUCAUGGAGUUGCUACGUAAAUGCCUUCUGGUUUCAGCUCCUUGGAACAAGCGGCUUCUGGAUUCAGCCACCAAUCUUGCACAGUUAUUGGACGACGAUUCUCUAGUGAAGAAACUGAACAAGCUAUUCUUUGUGAAUGCACCGAUUUCAUCUAUCCCAGAUGAAGAAAAUCCCAACCAUUCCGCAUCUGAGGACAGUUUUAAUCAGGCAGAGUCGCUCCGUGAAGCAAGUCGGAAACUAGAGACGAUUAAACUCCGCAAAAGAAAGAACAACUUGGCAUCAAAUCCAGUAGACGGUAAUGUUGGAGGUUCCAGUAGAUGGACUGUGGUAAGUUCAUGGACUCCAUGUCCAAUUGGUAUGUUGCCUCGUUCAAUUGGCUGUUCUGGUCGGCCUUCCGUUCUCGAUCUCAAUCCCGAGAACGAACCAACUUCAGAAGAGCUGAGAAGCAAAGAGAAGUGUGAACUCAACAACUCUAGUCAGAAGAGGGAAGCCAGUUCUGAUAUUCAUCAUCUUGAUAACUCCAUUGUCAAGAAAAUGAAGGAUACAAAUGAUAAAUCUCAGUUGGAGACCGAAGAUGUCGAGUCACCUGAAGGUAUCAAAGGGCGUUUGUUGAUAGGUGGAAUAUGGAAGAAUGUUGGGGAAGAAGAAUUAUCUGCCAUUCAAUCUGCGGUAAGGAUAUUAAUAUAAAUUCUUCUACAAUUUUUGCUUUUAAAAUCCAAGUUCCAAAUAGCCUGGAUGAAAUUUUGUUCCAUUUAUCUAUGUUGAGAGAGAAAAGAACAGAAAAAGAAAGAAAAGAAAAUUGUAUUCUGUUCAUCUCUGUUGUGAAAAUUCAUGCAGUUGUAAUGUAACCAUUUGAGUUUGAUUAUUUAUAUUUGAGUGUUCGAGGAGCUUUGUUGGACCA